AUGGGGAGUAUUCAGGCACCAGUGAAAUCGGUCACUGCCAUUCCAUUGAAGCAUGGCUGGGACGAGGGAGCAUUUACUUCGGAGCUGCUGAAACAGUCCAUUGUGCCACGGGCUAUCUCUGCUGCCGAUACCGACAGAAAGAUUACUCCGCCCACAGCUGUAGGGAAGCCUCCUCCUCUUCAGGCCGGUACCUAUCGAGGAACCAAAUUGGCCCUGACUCAGAUCAUGAGACGCAUUGAAACAAGAUUCGAAUCCUUCUUCGAUGUAGCCGGAUUUGAAACCAGCGUCCCUUUGGGCGUCGCUGUCAAGCCAAAGGACCUCUACACAUUCCAGAAGCCAGGUAGUGACAAUUACCCACCGCAUCUGGACAUCAUUCCCGAAGUAGACCAAGUCAACUUGCUCAAGAUUUUCGACUUCAUGAGGCUUCUUGAUACCGGCACCCUCGUCGGUACUCUCAUUCCGGACAAUAUCCUUGACUUCAUCCACGAUCAUCCGGAGGGUGCCACGGUUGAUGCAAUUGAGGCACGCAACAACGAGCUCCACAACGACAAGGAAGAUAUUUUUGACGAGGAGAACAUUGGGAACCGCCCUGACUGGUGGACUGAUGCCGUGUUUGCUGAACAGCAAUUUGUGGGAACAAACCCAACCACCAUCCAACAAGCCUCGGCCGAAUGGCUCAAGGCCUUCACCGAUGCCUCCCAGUCAAGCACCGAGAUUCAUAGCCUCCUGUCGAGUGGAAGCCCCGAAUCCUUCUAUGUCCAAGACUGCAGUUACUUCCGAGCUGCUGUUGGGGCAGAUCAGCACGCAGACCUGAUUUCAAAUGACGGAAUGAGACGCCUGUGUGCCUCGGUGUCCUUGUUCCAACUGACGGAUGCCGGCGUCCUUCAUCCACUGGCAAUAGCAGUUGACUACAAGGGUAGCCUCGCGGACUCUGUGGUCAUCUUCAACAAGAGGUCCAAUCCAUCAGAUCCAGAGGCCAAAGACGAUUGGCCGUGGCGGUAUGCAAAGACAUGCGCGCAGGUCUCUGACUGGCUGAGACACGAGGUCACGGUGCACCUGACCAAUACCCACCUGGUGGAGGAGGUCACCAUUGUGGCAGCACAUCGUGCCUUUUCGACGGACCACGCGGUAUAUCGCCUUCUUCAACCUCAUUGGCUCAAGACCUUGUCAGUUAACGCGGCAGCUCGGGCUACGCUCGUUCCAAACAUUAUCACCAAGAUAGUGGGUGUCACAGAUCCUCAACUCUAUUCUUUCGUCAGAGAUGGGUACAAGCGCUUCGACUGGACAGGCCAAUACGUGCCGAAUGACCUGACGGCGAGAGGCUUCCCUCCUAGUGAACUGGCCAGCAACCCGAAGUUCCACAACUAUGCCUAUGCUCGGAACAUGAUACUCAUGUGGCAGAUCCUCCGCAAGUUCGUGUCGGCCGUUCUUGCUAUCGACAUCCAUUCCGAUGAGCAAGUGGCCAAGGAUGAUCAGAUUGGUGACUGGACUAAAGAAAUGCAGAGCGACGACGGAGGACAGAUGAAGUCCUUUCCCGUGAUCAAGACUUUUGAAGACCUGGUUGACGCUGUCACCAUGUGCAUCCAUAUCGCCUCACCGCAACAUACCGCCAUAAACUAUCUUCAAGCCUACUACCAGACAUUCGUUAUUAGUAAGCCCUCGGCUCUAUUCUCACCACUGCCGAAGAGUCUCGACGAUCUCAAGGCAUACGAGGAGGAAGACAUGGUUGCCGCAUAUCCGAUCAAGCACGCACGUGAAUGGCUUCUGGCAUCCCACAUUCCUUGGCUCCUCAGUUACCGAGUGGCUGAAGAACAGAACUUGCUUAAUUUUGCCCUCUCUACGGCCAAGCUUGCGUCGCUGAACAACCAGACUCAGCUUGCGGCUGCAGCUGCACAGCUGUAUGCGGAUUUGAUGGAGAUGGCGGAAGUCUUCAAGAAGAACAGCAAAGACAUGGAUGAUCAGACGAAGCCUUACGAUGUGAUGGACCCCGAGGCGACGGCAGUGUCGAUCUUGUUGUGA